GUCGUAAUCAGACACUUUGACAUCUUUAACGUUGAAUAACAAAGAAAGAAAGAGAGAGAGAGAGAGAGAGAGAGAGAGAGAGAGAGAGAAAGAAAGAAAGAAAGAAAGAAAGAAAGAAAGAAAGAAAGAAAGACAGACAGACAGACAGAGAACACUCAGACAACACACAACAACAACAACAGGACCUGAGGGUACAUAUGUCACAUGGAUGUCGGAUGGGUGUAUACAGUCCAGGAGAGCAUGCAUGCUUAUGCUGCCAACGUGUAUACCACUGUUAUAGAGGAACUGUCACGAGUGAAGAAUCGUAGAUUCAUCGCGGUCGAACAGGAGUUUUUCCGGCUUUGGUGGGACACUACAGCUUCCAAGUGGCACAAGGAACAGGUUAGACAGCUUCUGCAAGAGGGGCGUCUGGAGUUUAUCAUUGGAGGCCAGGUAAUGCAUGAUGAGGCAGUGACUGAUAUAGAUGACGCCAUCCUUCAGCUGACAGAGGGACAUGGCUUCUUGUAUGAGACAUUUGGUGUCAGGCCUCGGUUCUCCUGGCAUGUUGACCCCUUCGGUGCUUCCUCCACCACUCCUGUUCUUUUUGCCCUGGCCGGAUUUGAUGCGCAUCUCAUCUCUCGCAUUGACUAUAAUCUUAAAGAUGACAUGCAGAAAUCCAAGGAACUGCAGUUUGUGUGGAGAGGUUCACCCUCUUUGGAAAAGAGCCAGGACAUUUUUACCCACACCAUGGACCAGUAUAGCUACUGCACACCAUCAUACAUUCCUUUUUCAAACAGAUCAGGAUUUUACUGGAAUGGAGUUGCUGUAUUUCCAGACCCGCCUAAAGAUGGUGUGUACCCAAACAUGAGCCUGCCAGUUACAAAGGAAUCUCUGGAACCCUAUGCCCAGACCAUGGUAGCAAACAUCAAACAAAGGGCACAGUGGUACAGAACCAACCAUGUUCUUUGGCCCUGGGGUUGUGACAAGCAGUUCUACAAUGCUUCAGUGCAGUUCACAAAUAUGGAUGUGUUGAUGAACUACAUAAAUAAAAACAGCAAUAAAUUUGGAGUGACAGUUCAGUAUGCCACUCUCCAAGACUACUUCCAAGCUGUACACCAAUCAAAUCUAUCCUGGGAGCUGAGGGAGAGUCAAGACUUUCUCCCUUAUUCUUCUGAACCCUUCCAGUCAUGGACAGGAUUUUAUGCAUCCAGGAAUUAUUUGAAAGGCAUAGCAAGAAGAGCCAGUUCACUUCUUCAUGCUGCAGAAUCUUUAUUUGUGCGCUACCACCUCAAGUACCCAGAUGGCCCUGUCCAGAAAGAAUGGGCCAUGGUUAAGCUUAAAGCUCUAAGAUGGGCAGUCUCAGAGGUUCAACAUCAUGAUGGCAUCACAGGUACUGAAUCACCAAAAGUGGCUGAUAUGUACACUGAUCACCUGACAAAAGGUAUGAUGGGAGUGGAAGAGCUAUUGGCAGCCUUAUUUCUUCUCCCUCAAAACCCUGCUAUUCCUAAUGACAUCCAUAGUUACUACUCAAAUAGGCCAGACUCAUCAAAAGACCUUGAACAACACAUUAUUGUGUAUAACCCACUGGCCUGGAACAUCACAACUUUCAUCAACGUUUCUGUAAAAUAUCCAAUGGCACUUGUGUUUGAUGAUAAUGGGACGGCAGUUCCUGCACAGAUCCAGCCAUCUGCAGAAUCACCUGAUGACUACGACCUUUUCUUUGCAGUAACACUGGGUGGACUUCAGUACAGAAAAUUCCUCAUCCAGUUCCCACAGUCAAAGAGUAAAAGGUCUGACCAUGGACUUACUUAUGCAGCCAGGGUGGUGACUUUUAAGAGACGAAACGUGAGUGAGUGGAAGAAGACAGGGCGAAUGCUUCUACCUGUGAUAAAUGAGUGCUACACACUGCUGUUUGACCAGGAGACAAACCUACUAGACAGUAUUGAAAUUAGGCUUGAAAAUAAAAUAAUUAAAAUUCGUCAAGACUUCUGGGAGUACAAGGCUAAUGGAGAUGUCCAUGCUGGGCCUAUCUCUGACAACUAUAUUUUUACAGCUAAUAACUUUGCUGCUCCAGCAUAUAAAUCAGUCAAGAUGCAGAUCAUUGCAGGAAAAAUAAUUUCUGAGAUCCGGCAGUAUUUCUACAGAGAGGAGUCUGAUGAGAAUUACACUUAUUCUGUGGUCACUCGAGUGCCGGUGGGUUUUAAGGACAAGUUAUUAUGUCAUAGAUUGGAUCAGAGCUACGCAGUGGGUCCUCUGCUAAUAAAUAAAGAAGCUGUACUCAGAACCACCACUAGUCUGAGUAACAACAUGACUAUUUAUACUGACAACAAUGGCUACCAGAUGAUAAAGAGACAGUACAAGCAGUACACCACCAACACAUUAUCUCGGAACUACUACCCAAUGGUCAGAAAAGCCUUUAUUGAAGAUGACUUCAGCAGACUGGUCCUACUUUGCGAAAGAGCACAUGGUGUGGCUAGUCUAGACCAGGGUCAAAUAGAGGUGAUGCUUCACAGGCGGCUGUGGAACAACCAGGAAUGGAAUCUGGGCUAUAAUUUGACCCUGAAUGACUCCUCUGUGGUGCGGCCAGUACUGUGGCUAAUGCUUGGCUCUCCUGCUGUUAUGGCAUCUCUUUCUCAGCAGGCAACAUUAAGCCUACAGCACAGACCUGUGGUCUUACCUAUCGACAAACCUCAUAAACCAUGGAAUAGAAGAGAGAAAAUUAAUGGACCCACUGUCCAGUCUGUAGUUUUGCCUAAAAAUCUUCACUUGCAGUACCUCAGUAUUCCUGGAUGGAGCUAUGUCAAGCAUAUCCACCCUCUAAUGAACUUCAGCUCAGGUGGAGAAAGAUCUGAGACCGACUUUAAUCGGGUUCUACUGAGGAUUAUUCACUUGUAUGAGAAAGGAGAGGAUCCUGUCCUCUCCAAACCUACAACCAUCAAUCUGAAGGAAGUGAUGAAAGGCAUAGGAGAGGUAAAUAAUGUGCAGGAACGCUCACUUACAGGAACCUGGGAUAUCUCAGACCUCCAGAGAUGGAGCUGGAAGACUGCUGAGAAUGAGAACAGUACAGAGAACACCAGCUUCUUUAGUGGCGUGACCAAGGACUUUAGUGUGACCAUUUCACCAAAAGAGAUCAGAACAUUUUUUAUUUACUUUAAAUAGACUCCAGGCUUUGGCUGAGUUUGUUUAGUUUAUUAUUUUCACUUGUUUUGAAAGUUCUGGUAUUUUUUCUAUGCUGUGAUAACCAUAAUGUUACCAUCAUCUAUAGACUGAACCAGUAAUGUAAAUUCCAAAUCAGUGUUCAUGUUUCCACUGGUUGCUUUGUAGACAUUGAUAUGAAAGAGUGGCCACACUGGUUUUGUUAAGGAUAUUGCAAGGAGACAAAACACACCUUUAAUUUAAAUUAAAUCAAUAAUUUUGAAUAUUCUGUCUGAGAAAGAGUCAACAAGUCAGAGAAAAUCUGUCUAGAAAAAUUCUGUUAAAGUUCUAUUUUUACUUAUUGCAGUUUUCAGAACAAACCCAGAAUUCAGGUGAAUAAAUCCUUUAGCUGUCUUCUGUGAAGAUCAUUUCUGAAUUAUUUUUGUAGUUUUCGAUGAUUAUUCUGUUUGUAAGAAAAUUACCUUUUGAACAGAUUUGAAUACAAUGUUAAAUGAAAAUUUUUUGUUUACAGUAUAUGAUUAUUUGAGUAUUGCUUCAUUAAAAAUUGAUGAUUAA